UUUAAGUUAUGGUUAUAAAAAGGGGGAAAAAACAUACUGAUCUUGAUGCUCAUUUCACGCAUUCCCCCCAACUCUUUGUUACAUUAACUUAACCCAUGUCUCUUUUACAACAUGAAUUCUUAAAAGUGCCGUUGGAAAACGCACUCGUGAUCUUUAACAAGCACAUCGUACCCAGAUUAACAAAAAAGAAUAAAUCCAUCGCCAUUAGUGCCGCUGUUGCCAUGUCGGUUGUUUAUUUUAUCACUGAACUGCUUAAACCCCCCAAAAAGCUUCGUCAUAUCCCUUACUUUGGCCACUUGGGCGCUGUUUGGUCCUCAUUGGUCUAUGAGCCCGUUUGGGACCGUGCUUACCGUGUUCAUCUCCCUGAACUCACCAAGAAGGGACAUCCUGGACUUUUCAUGGAGCAAGGCAGAUUUGGCUGGGCAUUACAUAUUGCUAACCCCGAAGAUGCAAAGCGUUUCUUCUUAAAGACAGAAUUGUUUCCAAAGGUUGUACCACAAAACGGACACAAGGAGACCAUCCAGGGUAAAUUUAUUGGUGGUCCCAAUAUGUUGGUUCUCAACGGUCAUGAAUGGAAGGCCCAAAGAAAAGUUGCUAAUCCCGCUUUCCAUCGUUCCAUGCCUGUCAAGUUGUUUGGAAAAUUAACCCAAGAUAUGUUCAAGGUCAUGGAAGGUAUGGGCGAAACCAUCAUCAUCACUGAUUUAUUAGAACGUUGGACUUUGGAUGCCAUUGGAAAAGCAGGUUUUGAUUUCGACUUUAACGCCCUCACUGACGAAAAGAACGAAUGGGUUCAACGUUACAGUCAAAUCAAUCUCGGUUUACGUGACCCCAAAUUCCAUUUCUUCCCUUCCUUUGACACCAAAUGGCUUAGUUGGUUCCCUCAACGUGCCAAGAUUCAUAAGGAACUCGAUAUCUUUUUGAGCAUGCUGGAUGAUGUAAUCGCAAAGAAGCGCGCUGCCAUCAAACAAGGUGUGACAAAUGAUGCCUUGGAAGAAAACGAAAGAGAUUUAUUAGGUCUCAUGAUUGAAGCUGAAGAGAGAGGUGAAGGAAUCAUGGAUAAUGAAGAAUUAAAGAGUAAUUUGUGUGUCUUUUUCUUGGCUGGUCAUGAUACUACUUCAUCCGCUUUAGCUUUUGCAAUCCAUUAUUUGGCACAAAAUCCCGAUAUUCAACAAAAGGCAAGAGAGGAAGCCAUUCAUAUCUUGGGCGAUGAGCCCGAGGAUGUCUUACCUACACUUGAAGAGACCAGAAGAAUGACGUAUAUCAAUCAAAUAAUGAAGGAGACACUUCGUAUCAAUGGCCCCACACCUCGUAUUUUACCUCGUGUGGCAACAGAAGACACUUACUUGUCCAAUACUUUUAUUCCCAAGGGAACAUGGAUCACCGUCAACAUGUUUGAUAUCCAACACAAUGAUAAUAUCUGGAAGGACUCUCAAAAGUUUGAUCCCGAUAGAUUCGCAGAGGAUGGAGAAGCCGUCAGAGAGGUAGGAGAAGGUUUGCCUUGGCUUCCAUUUGGUAAUGGAGGAAGACAAUGUAUCGGUAUGAAUUUCAGUUUAAGUGAACAACGUGUCAUGCUUUCCAUGUUAUUGCGCAAGUAUACUUGGGAAACUCCCGAGAAUUCUAUUCAUAAAGAGCGUGUGGUUUGCUUUGGUGUGGGUAUCAUUGCACCUCAAGCAUUGGAUAUCAAGUUCCAAAAGAGAUACUAGUUUAAUGUUCCCACUUUAUAUUUAUUUUUUAACCCUUCAUAUUAAUUUAUUAAUCUUCUCUAUCAAAAUAAUAAUAAUAACAAAAAAAAAU